AUGGAGCGCCAAAAGAAACGAAGGCGCGAUGCGGACUGCCCGAUUGUCACCUAUCGCGUCGGGCACCGCACCUUUGAGCGCUUGCUGAAGGAGGACUCGCUGGAGGAGACGAAGGAGGCGAUACGGCAGAAGUUCAAGGUCGAGGAUGGUGUGCAGGUGCAACUGGCGCAGCUUAGGGAUGGAAUGACCAUUGAUCUCGAAGACGAGGACGACUUUGACGCGUUCCAUACGGCCGCGCACAAGACCUCUGGGGCGACAGUGAAAGUCACGGUCAUUCGGGCGAACGGUGUACCCGCGUCGCACAUCAGCAUCGCGCCCACCGAUAGCAUAUCCAACGCCGUUGCUACUUCCUCCCGAUCUGUCCAUUUCUCCUCCCCGGAGGACGAGCUGCCCCACACCGGUGGCAAACGCAAAGCCUCCGCGAUCGAACUCGCCAGUGAGGGCGAAAGCGCGUCCAUCCCGCGGCGCCAUCGUCCUGUGAAGAGGCGCAGAGAUGAAGCGCCUGAAGAGGCAACGGAUACUCCUGCAGAGCAGCAGCACCCGGAGGAACCUGUUCAGGAAGACGAAGAGCCCGAACCUGCACCCGUAGUCGUGAAAAAGAAGCGCGGUCGGCCUCCGAAGGUCAAGCCCCUCGAGGGUGUGCAAACAUCAGCUGGGACUUCCCCUUCUGCUGGAGCUUCCGCGUCUGCUGGAGCCGCGCCUGCCGAGACCGCACCUGAACCUCCUGCUCCCAAUGCCAUGGACACCGCACCAGACAGCGUGACACCUGCCCCCCUUCCCGAGAAGAAGAAGCGCGGUCGCCCGCGCAAAGACUCUAUGUCUGCGAGCGCCCAACCUGCCUCCUCUGCUUCACAAGUCGCCGCGCAACCCACGUCUACUGCGGCAGCGCCAACAUCACAGCCGGCUGCCAACGGCGAUGCCGCCCCUCCUGUUCCCGUCAAGCGCAAGCCCGGCCGACCGCGGAAGCACCCUCUUCCUGAGGGGACUGCCCAGGCUGCUGCUCAGUCAUCGACCCCCAAAGCUACCGCUCCGCAACAGACUGCCGAGGUCGUCAUCGAGCAGGCCUCUGCCUCCCGCGGCCGUAGCACCAGCAGACGGCCGACUGACCCUGACAAUGACGUCGGCGACGCCAACGCCGCCCAGGAAGAGGCAUCGAAGAAGAAGCGGACGCGCUCGAGGUCACGAAGCCGUGCGCCAGAGGAGGGGAAGGCGUCAAAGUUGAAGGCCGCGUUGGCUCAGGAUGAUGCUGCUCACGAUGAUGGCACUCACGACGCGCACGUCCACGCCGAGCCUUCCGCCGACACCGAGACACCCUCAACAGCAAAGCGCGGUCGCAAGAAGAAGGUCGUUCCGCCGAGUGGCGAAGACGCUGACAAUGAGGACGCGUCCCCGGAGGUGGAGAACGCACCGAAGGAGCGCAAGAAGAAGAAAAAGGUCGUGCAGGAGGCAGUCGGUAGGUAG